CUAGGUAGCUUUCUCUUUGUGUUUUUGUUGCACUUUGAAAAGGAGAAAGCGAUUCUUUGUCACAGGUCACCUCGGUGAGCUUUUGGGGGUAGGCUCGCUUCGCUUCACACAGGAUGGGGUGUGAUACUGUGGCAGUCUAGGCAGACCUCGCAUGUGGCGCACAGGGAUCUCUGUAAGCGCAUUAGGGCUAGCGUAGGAGAUCGAUAGAUAUCCUGACCAGCGAUGCGCAGUCUGCAACUCGGGGGGGGGGCCAGCCUUGACUUUGAACACCACCGCAGGCAAAUGGUUCGCAAUUUUGCGGACAGUAAGUGCGACAUGAGCAAGAGCCUCAAUCAACUGGACAUGCCCCCCCGCGUCCCUCCUGCUACAGUAGACAAGGCCCGCAUAUGGUAUGUGGUACCAGCCUUACUCUUUCGGUUACUAGGUAUAUAUGGUCAAUCUGCCCUUCUCAAAAUGCCUUUCUCUCUCUCAACAAGUUGAGAUACUUAUCUAUCACCACUGUUGUCCGGUUGCUGCUGUUCGCCCCCAAUUGUCAAUUCCUCGUCACUUUGCGUCUCCCCCCACAGCAGCACGCGGGACAUCGACGCACACGCCCUCCAAACUAGCUCCAUUUUAGCCGAGCAUUACCCAACAGCCAACCCCGCUUUCCAAUAAUGUCACAGACGCAACAGCAGCAGCCGGACCUCAGCCAGCGGUGGGUACAGCAUCAACGGCAGAGAAAUAGGGCAACGCAGACGUGGAGUUGCAAGUACUGCCCAGAUCGAAAGAUAUUUGCAUCAGAGCCUUCGCUGUGGGAACACGCCAUCUCUGAGCACAAGCUGGCGUUCGCGUUAAAUCAGAGUGUCGAGGGUGACUUUCGAAAACAAUUCGCAGACGAAUGCGCCCAGAAGCGGUACGUAUUCCUGGGGUUUUUCGCACACGUUCGUUCACCGGAAGGUGAAUAGCUUAUUGGUGGACCAUUUGGCUGGAAUUGAGAAUGCGGCUGACCAGUUCCCCCAGCCCUACGAAGGACGACGCUACACCGAGGAAACCGAUAUACAAUGACGCGAAUGCUGCACAGCCCGAACCGCCACCGGCAGGCAAGCGUCCACUCUCAUCACCUGCUCCAGUGCCACGCUCUAUUUCGGGGAUUGACACUUUGAACAUAAAUACUCCAAGAGGAAGCCAGGAUGUAGACAUGCAGGAUCUGAGUGAGGAGGGUGGCCAGGCAACAACUGAGCAGCAGCCUAGAAAGCGGAUGGCCACAGGAGAUGGCAUUUCAGCAGGCUCAGGAAGUCCGUUCCGUGAGUCAUCAGCAUCGCCGCCUCCACGGCAUUCAAAACCUCGUCCUUCCUCCGGCCAAUAUGCCGGAAGUGAGAAGGAAAUGUUGUUUGACGCGAGACCCAAACCUUUGAGUAAACAACUCUGGACCGAAGAUGCGACACCCCUGUCAAAAUCUUCUGUGGACCGUUCCAAUAUUGCAAGCAUACAUGCCCAGAGAUCGAGGGCACAGGGACAUCAGACUCGACCAAAGAAGACAUUUCCUGCAACUGCACAAGCUCUGCGAAAUCAACAGAGUCCGCAGGGUACGACAAUUUUGGGCCGGAAUGCAGCAUUUCAGAGCCUCCCCACCCGUGAUGACAAUUAUGAUAUCAUUAUGCAGCCUGAGACUAGGCCAAUCUCCCAGGAACAGCUUGUUGCAGAAGUGAAGGGCAUCUAUGCCGGCUUGGUCAUGGUUGAAGCAAAGUGUAUCGAAGUCGACAACAAGCAAGCAACACUUGCUCAAGCUGAUCCAAAUUCGCAGCCCAAGCUCAACAAUGAGCAAUGGCAAGCACUCAUUGCUCUACAUCGGACACUGCUCCAUGAGCACCAUGACUUCUUCCUCGCAAGUCAACAUCCAUCCGCAUCACUUGCUCUGAGACGACUAGCUUCGAAGUACGCGAUGCCGGCUCGCAUGUGGAGACAUGGAAUUCAUUCUUUCCUCGAACUUUUGAGGCAUAGACUUCCUGCGUCUCUUGACCACAUGUUGGCUUUCAUUUACUUAGCCUACUCGAUGAUGGCUCUGCUGUACGAGACUGUGCCGGCCUUCGAAGACACGUGGAUCGAGUGUCUUGGAGACUUAGGCAGGUACCGAAUGGCGAUCGAAGAUGAUGAUAUUCGCGACAGAGAAGUCUGGACUGGUGUCGCAAGACACUGGUAUUCAAAAGCUUCCGACAAGGCGCCCACGACUGGUCGCUUAUAUCACCAUCUUGCGAUUCUCGCCAGACCCAAUGCUCUGCAGCAGCUGUUCUAUUAUUCGAAGUCGCUUUGUGUUGCUAUUCCAUUCACAUCUGCUCGGGAAUCUAUCUUGACACUCUUUGAGCCUGUUCUCAAUUCGGACAACGCACAAGGCCAAUAUCGCCUGCCUCCUCUUGACAUGGCAUUUGUCCGAGCUCACGGUCUCCUCUUCACUAACAAGAACCUUGAGAAAUUUGAACCAACCGUAAUCGAAUUUCUGGGCCUUCUCGACAAUCACAUUGGUCGUGUCACCAAGAAGUUCAAGGCGCAAGGCCAUGAAAUUGCUAUUUCGAACUGCGUGGCUAUGAUGGGCUUCGCUGCUAGAGACAACAUUUUAACCAAAGAAAUUCUCCCCGCCAAAGACUCAGAAGCACAGAUGGAAGUCGAUACUGACGAGAACUCUCUAGCGAUGGUAUCCUUCCGCCGUGCUCAGGCGCUCUCAAAUUCAACUCUUGAAAUCGUUUUGAAGCGCAUUGGGGAUCCCAAUGUCCUUCCUUUCAUUCAUGUUACGCUCGUUUUCAUGUAUACAAUGGCUCGCCAUCAAGGCGCUAUGGCAUGUCUUCAAGACUCUUUCCCCAAACAGCUCUUGUCGAUCAUGCUCAAUACGUUACUGUCGAGUUACAAAACUCACAGCGUGAUUGAGGGCGACAAGUUUCCACUGCCGGAGAAAGAAGAUGUUCGCCCCUUUCCAGAAGAUAUUGCUAUGCGCGGAAUGUUGUGGGUUGAAGAUUACUAUCCAAAUGAUUGGUUCAUGAAUGAGAAGGUUGGCGAGGAGGAGAAACAUCAGGAAAUGGCAUCAAUGACUGAUGACCGGAAAGAACGCAUCCUCUGGCUUGCAUGUCGUCUCGCGACCUUGGUAGACUGGAUCAAAUAUGAUAGUGUAUCUAGGAGAUUCUCAACAUCUUCAACCAAGACUGAGCCUACAGUAAUUUGA